GUAUGUUUAUAGGGUGCAUUGGUGAUAAAAUUGUUCAAUUAGGACGGGGUAACAAUACCCAGGUUUGGAUUACCGUAUAACCUUUUUAGUAUUGUGUCUAAAUAAAUAUUUCAGUGAGAUGAUAAUGCAGUGAAGGGAUUGGUGCUGUCCCAAUUAACAGGUUCUACAGUGGACAUAUACAGACAUGAACAAGUGCUUGUUCAAAAUAUGACUAGAAGCUCAGACAAGGCACCAGGACAGUUGUGUUGGAUUGGAUACCAGAACAAAUAGAUAUAUUUUCUUAUGCAUGUAGAAGCUGACAAGGCACCAGAACGAUUAUGUUGGAUUGGAUAGCAGAGCAAAUAGGUAAUGAUUUGUACUGAAACAAGAUGAUAAAGAUAGGAUUUAUCUUUCUUUGUUUAGCACUUGUCAGAGAACUUGUUGGCUCUGUGUGGUCAUCAGAGCAGUCAUUUUAUGAUAAUUAUUCUGGUGAAGAUAUUCUAUAUGAUAAUGACAAUCAAUACAAACCACAAUUUUCACUACAUACUGAUGCAAACCUUCUGGCUGGACAGAAAUUCCAAGUAAACUGUUCAUGUCGACCCCCUGUUAACUGUUCGGGAUGCAACAUUAAUAUAAAUAGUUUAAAGAUCAAGCAUUGUACAUCUAGGUUGCGUGCCAGCUGUAAGGUUGUCAAAGAUACGGUUAAAAUAGACAAUAGGACAAUAAGUCUUGUUAGUCCUAGCGUUAGUGUGCAGGACACAGGAACAUAUUUCUGCCAGUAUAACAACUCACAAACCACUGAAGAUAACUUUUAUCUUAAAAUUGGGUAUAAACCUUUUGGUCCACAAAACAUCAGCUGUGUUUCCAAUGAUAUGAGGGACCUCAAUUGUUCCUGGACUAAAUCAAAACAAGACGAAAACAAUCCACUUCCUGUUGUCUACAAAUCCUUCUUUGAUAUCAGUCCCAUGUAUGGAAAGAUUAACUGUCCACACCCUAAGCCUACAAAGAGAGAUCAAACCAGCUGUUAUAUUGCUCCAUCAUCGAAGCCUGAGAAGUGUACAUUUCAGCCAGGAAAUAACCACACUGUAAUUAUAAAUGCAUCUAAUGUUUGUGCAUUUCAAAUGACAGAACAUAAUGUCAAUAUAAAAGAAAUUAUAAAACUUUCCCCACCAAAGGUAACACUACUUAACAUAACUGAGAGAGAAAUUGCUUUAUCAACAAAGCAAUCCAUGGCUUCUUAUAUAGAUAUAUGGAUAAAUAGCAGUAUAUUAUAUGAUGUAGUCUAUACUACGGACACAAUAACCAAUACUACACAGUUCAAUUCACCUAAUGAAAGUAAUGCUGUCAUUCUUCCUGAUCUUAUUCCAUACACAGCAUAUACUGUCACAGUGAAAGCUAAAGUUCCUCAAUCUAAGGGAGAUAAGUACUGGAGUCCUACUGUGACUGGUACCUAUACAACAAAACCAGCAGCUCCUGUUAGUGUACCGUAUAUUGGUGGCUACAUUUGGUCUAGUGGAGUCCUGUCUCUUUAUAUUAGGCCUAUUAGUAAAAGGGAAAAAUUUUCUGAGAAAGCAUUCUACACAGUUACAGUAUAUUCAACUUCUGAAGGACCAGUCUUUAGACAAUUGAAUGUGUCAUGGGACAUAGCAAUGAUAGAAGUUACCCGUCCUCAAAAGAAUUUAACAUCUUACUUGAUAGAAGUUAAGACGGUGAAUGAUAUUGGAGAGAGUAUUGAUUCCAGUAGAAUUACUACACCAUUGUAUGAUUCAGGAAGACAAACACCAGCAUAUAUUGUUGUGGAAGGAUCAGGUAAACAUUACAGUGUAUCCUGGGACACACAGAGUAGAAAUAUAAGCAGUCAAUUAGAGAAGAUUGUUGUAUACUGGUGCGUUGGUAUUCAGACAGUUUGUCAGAGUGAUUUGAAUUUGAUUAAUGUAUCUCGUGAUCUGACGAAUAUAUCAGUCACCACAGAGAGAGAAGAUAGAUGGAUAUUUGCUGUGUCCUAUCUCUACACUGAUGGAUAUAACACAGAAAUGGUUUUCUCAAAGUGUCAUUUUCCUGAUUUCACAGGAAGUCCUUUAGGCAUCUCCGACAUCAGUGCUAUACCUGAAAGUCAGACAGAACUAGUUGUUAAACCUGGCGAUUAUUGUAAUAUAAAUAAGUAUCCUAGCAGGCCAUUGGUGUAUACUGUGUACUACAAAGAGUCACGUGAGGAUACAAAGUCAUGUGAUCACACAUUCUUACAUAAAAGAGUUGAGGCUAAUAUUAAAACAGGGGGAAUAACUCUGGAAAAUUUAAAACCAUCCACCAAUUAUGCAGUGUGCUUGGGUGUGACAAGUAAUGGCGGUGAUGAAGUAAUCAGUAACCCACAGAUGGCCUUGACAUUUUCUACAGAUACACCUUUACCUGUUGGAAUAAAAGUUUUGAUAGUUGUAUUUUGUUCAAUAGUAUCCAUACUUGGAAUUCUUCUUUGUUUAUGGAAAGUCAGGAAAACGUAUAGUAAUCAUGAUACCAGCAUCAUUACACCACAGAUUAAACCAAGUCAAUACAUACCUGUACCGAGUUCUGAUAUAGAAAAUCAGAAGGAAAAAAAUGGAGGAACAUCGUCUGAUAGUGGUGUAUCAUCCGUGUCCAUUCAUAAUGAAAUAAUCCUACCGGAAGAAGAGUUGUCAAAUCAGACAGGUAUUUCUUCUCCCAAUUUACCAAUAUCUGAUUCUAACAGUUCCAACGAUAAUCCAUUCAAUGGCACAUUGGAAAAUAAACAAAACAAUGAGGAACUAACAGAAUGCAGAAGUGAGGACAAAAUUUGUGAAAGGGACAGAACAGUAAGUGACGUUACAGAUGGUUAUACAGGUACCUUUAAAUCGUCGACAACUUCAAAGUCAGGUACCAGUAAUCAUACCAGCAUAACUAAUAGUAGCCGCAUCAGCAGACCAAAGCAGAAAAGAUCAUCUGUAUUGGACCAUUUUGAAUCAAAAAUAAGGGAAGAAACUUCCAAUAGUUUAAGUAUAUGUGUACCGUUAAUGGAAAAAGAUAAUGCAGAUGAAACCAAGAACAAAAAAGAAUACCUUAAAGAUUGGUUAAGAAAAAGUAUGGAAGAUUUACAAGAUUCAAAUAAUAUUCAGUUACAAACCUUUACACCAGAGAAGGUUAAUGAUCAAGUUGAAAAUUAUGUAGAAGUUGAUGUUGAUGGAUCUUUGAAGUCAGAUAGUCUCAAUCAAAGUUCAAACCAUAGCAACAGCAACCAUAGCAACAACAUCUGUAGUAACAGUAACCAUAGCAACAACAUCUGUAGUAACAGCACUGUCAGUGAUUACACUGAUACAUCAGAUAUCAUUAAUCAAAAUGAAAAUUCUGAAGUACAAUGCUCAACUCAGAUGAAGGAAAAUCGUCCUUUGUCAAAUGUGCAAUCAGACAAUUUGAAUGCAUACUCUGAAAGUGUGAAUUUGGAAGAAAAGGACUCCAAUCAAAUUGGUGAAAAUUCUCUUUCUUCAUAUGUGCAAUCAGAUAUUUUAAGUACUUUUUCAGAAAAUAGUAAUGAAGGUUCAAAUACAAGUACUCUUGCAGUAAAGAUGGACACUUCAUCGAUCUUGAAUUCCACAUCAGAAAAAAGUAAUGAAGGUUCAUUCACAAGUAGCCCUACCAUAAACAUUGACACUUCAUCUUUCAAUUCCCCAUUAGAAAAGAGUAAGAAAGGUCCAAAUACAAAUACUCCUAUAAUAAACAAUGACACUUCAUCUUUGAAUUACGCUUUGGAAAAGAGUAAGCAAAGUUCAAAUACAAAUACUCCUAUAAUAAACCUAGACACUUCAUCUUUGAAUUACGCAUUGGAAAAGAGUAAGCAGAAGAACAUUCAGAACAAACUAAUUAAUCAAGAUAAGGUUGAAAAAUUUGCUGUCACCGAUUCCCAGUAUCUCCCACACGAUGUACAGAUAUUGACAAUAAAAGAGGCAAAAAAUUUCUCAGACAAUGGGAGAAAUGAGGAAUUAAGAUUCCUGCAAGAUGAAAAUUCUGGUGAUAUUUCAAGUGGUGUUUCUGAUUAUUUAAAGGCCGGACAAUGUGACACAAACUCAGGUUCAGAGGUCGGAGAAUGUGACACAAGCUCAGGUUCAGAACAGAUCAGUAGUUACACAUUUCUUAAUUCUGUUGGAGAAAAUUCGUAAUAUUUUGUUUUUGUCAUUUGUACUUUUCUAUAUAAAAUAUAUGAAAGGGAGAUAAAACAUGUUUGUUAUGAUGAUUACUCCCUUAUUUAAAUUUUUUUUUAAUCCCAAAUAGAUGAAGUAUUUGCUAAAUGGUGCUCCUAAGAUGUCUUGUUUUUGUUAUAUUGUGUUGUUGGUUUGCUAUUGCAUUGACAUAUUCCAAUUAUGUAUUUUCAUUUUCAUUUUCAUCUUAAUCACUUAUAUUUUUCUCCUCAGUACUUAUUAGAGAAUUUUGAGAAUUUUAUGUUGAUGCAAUAAUAGCAAGUUCUGCGCAAAAUGUAGAAUAGUAGAACAAUUAGAAACUAAUACUCAACUAAUUUCGAAUGCUAGUGCCUUGGUAUGCAACUGUCGUUGGAAAUAUAAAUGUACAGACUUUCUUCAUCUUAUAAAAUACAUUAGUAGAAAACUCUGCUUAACUCUGUACAUAAGAUGGAAUAAGCUAUUAUUAACAUUACCAAAAAGGGUUACUAACGAUCACUCAGUCAAAGAAGUGAACUAAUAAAAUCUUUAGAAACUAAAUAUUGUUAUAAACUUUUAGUGGUUGUUGAAUACACCAUUUACUCUGAAACCAGAGGUGUGCCUUUGAAAGGCAGGAUUUUCAUCAAAACAAGACAAGACAGGAUGGCAGAUCUUCAUUAGUUUCUAUUCAAUUACCUCACAACUUUAAUAAACUCAGGACAAUUAAUGGCUUGAUAUAGUGUCUGAAAACCAGUCUUUUGUUGCCCUUUGCAGGUCUUUUUUCAUUCUUUGUUUUUAGGUAACAGUCUGGUUUAGGUAUACUCCAAAUUUUUUUUUAUUCAUAAGAUUGUAGAUGGUACUCAGUUUUGCUUUGGGAUAUACUUAAGCUCUUUAUGUACUAGUCAGACAGUUCUUAAGAUUGUAGAUGGUACUCAGAUUUACUUAAGCUCUUUAUGUACUAGUCAGACAGUUCUUAAGAUUGUAGAUGGUACUCAGAUUUACUUAAGCUCUUUAUGUACUAGUCAGACAGUUCUUAAGAUUGUAGAUGGUACUCAGAUUUACUUAAGCUCUUUAUGUACUAGUCAGACAGUUCUUAAGAUUGUAGAUGGUACUCAGAUUUACUUAAGCUCUUUAUGUACUAGUCAGACAGUUCUUAAGAUUGUAGAUGGUACUCAGAUUUACUUAAGCUCUUUAUGUACUAGUCAGACAGUUCUUAAGAUUGUAGAUGGUACUCAGAUUUACUUAAGCUCUUUAUGUACUAGUCAGACAGUUCUUAAGAUUGUAGAUGGUACUGAGUUUUACUUAAGCUCUUUAUGUACUAGUCAGACAGUUCUUAAGAUUGUAGAUGGUACUCAGAUUUACUUAAGCUCUUUAUGUACUAGUCAGACAGUUCUUAAGAUUGUAGAUGGUACUCAGAUUUACUUAAGCUCUUUAUGUACUAGUCAGACAGUUCUCAAGAUUGUAGAUGGUACUCAGUUUUACUUAAGCUCUUUAUGUACUAGUCAGACAGUUCUUAAGAUUGUAGAUGGUACUGAGUUUUGCUUUGGGAUUUACUUAAGCUCUUUAUGUACUAGUCAGAAAGUAAUUAAGAAUACACCUUAGAAUCUUCUCACCAUUUUUAGAAGUCACUUUUUAUUAAAUAUUUUAACAUUUUGUUAUCCAUUCUUUUAAAAAAUAUUUUUGUACCAAAAUAGAUUUGUAUAAGCUCCUUAUGUAUUCUUAUAGGUUGUCCAUAGUUUUUCUUUCAGGAAAGCUCAAAGGGAUAUUUGGUCAGUUGGGGUGUUUAAGAAACUUGAUAAUACCAUAACAAUAUAAUGGCAUUUUACCCUUAAGCUAUACUGCCAUGGAAUAUCUUUAUGAUAUAACGAUAACAAUAUAAUGGCAUUGUACCCAUAAGUUAUACCACUGCCAUAUGAAAUAUUUUCAUGAUGAUCAAAUCAUAAAUUUACAUUGAGUGGUAUUUCUUUACCACUGUAAUGGUAUGGUUUAAGUUAACUGUCUUUCAUAUAGUGUUUUAUUUGUGUAUGGAAGAUAAUAUUAAACUAUUAAAAUAGUAUAAUAUACAUUGUACAUUAUAAUGUUAAAUAAAUAUGUUCAGUCCCAAAGUAAACCUAAGACAUUCUUAAUUAUGCUUUUGAAGUAAAAUAAGUACAUGCUGAAUCUUAAUCAAAUUUAACACAAAACUUGAUUUUGUUUUUUUUUCUCAUACAUCAUAUGGAUUGAUGUGGUGUAUCUAUCAGUUAGGAAUCAACCCAAGAAAGAAACAAACCCCUAAGACAUCUAUGUGUGUUGUUCAGUGCUCUCUUAUACAUGUGUUGUUGUUUUUUUUGUCUUUUUUUGUUUAUUGUCCAUUUAUUUACAAAUUUUCAGGUCAACACAGCUUUGUUUCCACUACUUAAUUGUUUUGACUGUUUUAUAUCUUUUCUAUAAAGCAUGGAUUCCUUUUUAGUGAUAUGCUUGCAGCAAACAUGACUUUUUCUCAUUAGAUUUUCAUAUGUUUCAAUAAUACUGUUCAUCAGUUCUAUGAUAUUGCUGUCAAAAGGCUUUAUGAACCAAAUAUACAAUACAUCACUUGGAGCACAAUAUUCAAGCUUAAAGCAAAUACAUUCAAAUAUGCAUAUUAUAGUUUACACAAUCAUCAAUAGAUCAAUUUUUAUACUGUAUAACCACUUACCUCCACAUAUGACCAGAAGUCCAUUACUGGGACAAGUAUGCAACAUUAUAUGUCAGGAAGGAGAUCACAGUGCAGUGUUCAUUUGAACUAUACAAACCGUGCGAGACCCUCAAGGGAAGUCAAGCUCGUUAAACACACCAGUAGUAGUUGUUAUCUGUAGGAUAUCUUUGAUAUAACUUGUUGGAAAAUUUUACAAUUAUUUGUCUAAAAUUGAAUGAUUUUAGUUUUUAUCCUUGAUUUCAUAUAUAAAAUUGUUAUAGCAAUACAGAGAUUAUUCUGAAAUACAACUUAAGCUCUACCUUUUAAAACUGUUGAAACUUUUAACAGUGCGAUCUUCAUAUCAUAAGGAGAGCUUGAACACUUCUCCCAGUAAUGAACUUCUGAUGUAACUCCAUGCAUUGUCAGUUGUAAAAAUUGCAAAUAACUAAAGCAUUAUACUUUUAUUCAAUAAAUAUUUUUCUAUAAAAA